ACUUUGAAGUAUAACCGAGUUCAUGUUCAGACACCGCCUAUGUGGACCAAAAUUGAGAGCUAUCUUGAAAAUGCUUUGAAGAAGUCGAGAGAAGCUUUCAAGGAGGCUAUUAUGCUAAAGAUUGAGGGGGAUGAUGAGAACAAGCUCCGCCUAUAUUGUGAAAAGAUAUUGAUGGAUUUUUACAACCUGGUAGAUGUUUUCCCAACCCUCUCAAGAAAAAUUGGAGAGAGAAAGUAUAUCGUACAAAAUCUGUCUUCACUUUUUAAAUUCUAUGAGACAACAUUCGGAAAUAUAUCCAUCGACUGGAUUGAAUCUCACUCCCUAUCGGCGAAAUUGACGAAAUCAUCCGCUAGCUCUGGAAUUGUUAAGUUGGAUGCGAAGGGGGUCCGAUCGUUUGACGGUAAAGAAAUAUGGCAUAUGGAGGUUGCUGGUCCACCAUCAUCACCAACAACAGAUCAUGCAGUUGGCGACACAAAGAAGUCAUUGCAUAGUGACAUCUUAAAUUUGGUUGCACUUUUUCUCGAUCACUUGGAUAUUUCUGUAAAGACUGCGAUGAAUAUAAAGGUGUUCAGUUUACAAGCUAUUGGAUAUCGAAUCACGCUAUAUUCUCUUAGCAUAACAGAUGAUGGUUCCUUUUUGGCAUCCGAACUAGCUUCUGCUAUAAUUCCUUUCUCAUUCGAAGGGAGAUCAAAAUACAAAGCAGUUCUUUAUCUCAUGGUUCUCUUUCACGACGAGUUUAUGAAACAGCUUUCUUUAAUGCAAGAACUUGAUUUUAACAUUAACUAUGAUGAAGGAGAUACGGUUCGGGAUGUUCUAAAGAUCUCUAAAUCUUUACAGGAUCUUUUAAAGUGGAGGCAAUAUUC